AAGGUAAAACCUUAAGGUGUGAAAAUCUGUAGAACGUGAGACAUACUCUUAAGGCAAAGAAGCAGAACAGUGGUACAGACACCAACGUUUUGCGCUGUCUCUUUUUAUUGCAGCACCAUCCAACCCUUCUCUUCUAAGUAAGUUAGUUAAUUUCUUACACAUGGCAAGGUUUCUUCUCACCUCUUCCUCGCACAUUCCUCUCUUCUCCUCCCUACCCUUCACCCUUUUCUUUCUUCUUCUUUCACUCAUGUCUGUAUUCUCUGUCGUAACUUUUCUCUGCGGUUCUGAGAAACUCAAGAAGCUCCGCAUGGAAGCUCAGAAAGCAACAACAAAAAGGUCCAAUUCCAAGGACCAAAACCUCGUUUCCAAGCUCAACAGCAACCUCGGAAACAGGGCACUCUCCAUGGUGAAGAUGCUGUCGUGGAGGAAGGUUCAGGCAGAGGGAGAACCUCAAGGAGAUUGCAGUAGUGACCAUGAUGAAGAAGCCCUUUGGAGGAAGAACAUCUUGAUGGGAGAAAAGUGUCGUCCUUUGAACUUUUCUGGCAAGUUUGAGAAUGAUUUUCAAGGCAAGAAUUAAUGCUUCCUCUUUUUUGUUGUGCUCAGGAAUUGUGUUUGUGUGGCUUCAAUUAGAACUUCCUAAGUCACUCUUCAGGUUUUCCACAGUGUGUAGAGUUUGCUCUGCUGUAAGAUGGAAAAAGAGUUAGCAAUUUUUUUGUUUUUUGUAAGAACUGGUGUGGCUUCGCAGGUUAGAAACUUUUGUGAUGGGAUUAGAGUUUAUAAACUUUUUCAUAUGAUGGGAUUAGUUUUUUCUU